AUGGGCCGCGAAGAUGGAGAUGUUUCUAAAAGACGCAAGUUGGAUUUCAAUCCUUUGAAAUCUGACGAUCGAUUCGCAGUGCCUGCUCGACCUUCAACAUCUCGCAGCAGUAGUAGAUCUCCCUCGAAGUUUCAAAGCCGACCGAGCAAUGGCUCUGCGACGCCACGAUAUACUCCUUCGGCCCGGUCAGCCCCCAAGCAGAAAGAAUUUGAUGAACCGGAGCCGUUCGUUGAUGAGGAGGAUUCGAAAGCACUAGACAGAGAUUGGUAUGCGGGCGAUGAGACGGGACACAUCUUUGGAGAUGAUUCACACAACCCAUUCGGCUCCUACGACAAUUCUUGGGCAGAGCAGCAACGAGAAGUAGCUUUAGUCGAAAAGAAAACGGUCAAGCGUCAGAGCGCUCGAGCCGCUCAAAAACAAAAAGAUGUUGAUGCAUGGGAGACGAAUCGAAUGCUCACCUCUGGUGUUGCACAGCGAAGAGACUUUGGCGAUGACUUCGAGGACGACGAGGAGGCUACUAGAGUUCAUCUCCUCGUACAUGACCUUAAACCUCCAUUUUUAGAUGGGAGGACAGUUUUUUCGAAACAGUUGGAGCCUGUGCCGGCAGUGCGUGAUUUCCAGAGCGAUAUGGCAGUUUUUAGUCGCAAGGGAAGUAAAGUGGUAAAGGAGAGGCGGCAGCAGAAAGAGAGACAAAAACAGGCCCAAGAUGCAACGAAUAUGGCUGGCACGGCGCUUGGAAAUCUCAUGGGGGUGAAAGAAGAAGAAGGCGACAGUGCGGCCCCAAUGAUGGGCGAGGAAGAACCACAGGGAAGUAGCAAAUUUGCUCAACAUAUGAAGAAGAACGACGGUGCUAGUAACUUCAGUCAGAGCAAGUCAUUAAGAGAACAGCGAGAAUAUCUUCCUGCAUUUGCGGUGCGAGAGGAUCUCCUCAGAGUAAUUCGAGAUAAUCAGGUGGUCAUCUGUGUUGGUGAGACUGGAUCUGGAAAAACGACCCAAAUCACUCAAUUCCUCUACGAAGAAGGUUAUGGAAACACGGGUCUGAUAGGAUGCACGCAACCUCGAAGAGUGGCGGCUAUGUCUGUAGCGAAGCGUGUCAGUGAGGAGAUGGAGUGUAAAUUAGGGGGUACUGUUGGUUAUGCCAUCCGAUUCGAGGACUGUACGAGCAAAGAAACAGUGAUAAAGUAUAUGACAGAUGGUGUUUUACUGAGAGAAUCGUUGAACGAGCCAGAUCUGGAUCGUUAUUCCUGCGUUAUCAUGGAUGAAGCUCACGAACGGGCGCUCAAUACGGAUGUCCUAAUGGGUCUGUUUAAGAAGGUUCUUGCACGUCGUAGGGAUCUUAAGUUAAUAGUAACAUCUGCAACGAUGAACUCGAAGCGAUUUUCGGAUUUCUAUGGUGGAGCCCCCGAAUUUUUCAUCCCAGGACGUACCUUUCCGGUUGACGUUAUGUAUCACCGCUCACCUGUGGAAGACUAUGUGGAUCAGGCGGUUCAACAAGUAUUGGCCAUUCAUGUAUCUCAGGGUGCAGGUGAUAUUUUGGUAUUUAUGACUGGACAAGAGGAUAUUGAAUGUACUUGCGAGCUUAUCCAGGAACGUCUCAAUGCUCUCAACGAUCCACCGAAACUUCUCAUUUUACCUAUUUACAGUCAAAUGCCAGCAGAUCUACAAGCGAAGAUUUUCGACAGAGCCGCACCUGGUGUUAGAAAGGUCAUUGUUGCGACAAAUAUUGCCGAGACCAGUUUGACGGUUGAUGGUAUUAUGUAUGUUGUGGAUGCUGGAUACUCGAAAUUGAAGGUGUACAACCCGCGCAUGGGAAUGGAUACUCUACAAAUCACGCCGAUCUCACAAGCGAAUGCGUCUCAACGUGCUGGUCGUGCUGGGCGUACCGGGCCAGGAAAAGCUUUUCAUCUCUUUACUGAAGCUGCCUUCAAGGAUGAACUCUAUAUUCAGACCAUACCUGAAAUCCAACGUACAAAUCUCAGCAACACCGUUUUAUUAUUAAAGUCGUUAGGGGUGAAAGACUUACUUGAUUUUGACUUCAUCGAUCCUCCACCUCAAGAUACUAUCACCACCUCGUUAUUCGACCUCUGGGCGCUCGGAGCACUUGACAACAUUGGGGAAUUGACGGACCAGGGGAGGAAAAUGACGGCCUUCCCCAUGGAUCCCUCCCUGGCCAAAUUACUGAUCACGUCUAUAGAAUACGGCUGCAGCGAAGAAAUGCUCACCAUAGUUUCUAUGCUCUCAGUCCCCAGCGUUUUCUACCGUCCAAAAGAACGCCAAGAGGAAUCAGACGCUGCGCGCGAAAAGUUCUUCGUUCCCGAAUCAGAUCAUCUGACUUACUUGCAUGUCUAUUCGCAAUGGAAGUCCAAUGGGCACUCGGACGCUUGGUGUACACGACAUUUCCUCCAUCCAAAGUCCCUUCGUCGAUCUAAGGAGAUCAGAGAACAAUUAUUGGAUAUUAUGAAAAUGCAACGCAUGAGCAUGGUUUCUUGCGGCACUGACUGGGACGUUAUACGCAAAUGUAUAUGCUCGGGUUAUUACCAUCAAGCCGCAAAAGUCAAGGGAAUAGGCGAAUAUGUCAAUUUGCGCACUUCUGUCACAGUACAAUUACAUCCAACUUCGGCACUUUACGGAUUAGGUUAUCUACCUGAUUAUGUCGUCUAUCACGAGUUGAUUCUCACAUCAAAAGAAUAUAUGUCGACUGUUACAUCAGUAGAUCCACACUGGUUGGCUGAAUUAGGAGGUGUGUUCUUUAGUGUGAAGGAGAAGGGUUAUAGUGCGAGGGAAAAAAGGGUUACCGAGGUGGAGUUCAACAGAAAGAUGGAGAUCGAGGCGAAGAUGGCCGAGGAUAAAUUGAGAGAAGAAAAGAGGAUAGAAGCGGAGGAUAAUAAAUUGGCGAGGAAACCGAUAGGUAUCACAGAUGGAAGCGGGCCGGUAGUUAAGAAAGUCACCGCGAAGGGCGCGGUGAGAAGACCUGUUGCGAGACGGCCUGGAAGGGGAUUCUGA